UAUAUAGCGAACAAACUAAAUUAUUCAUGGAUCUUUUAAAGAUGGCAUCUAGCAACCGAUUUAGAAAUCUAUAUAUAGGUGCGCUAAUACUAAAUCCAUGAGUAUUCAAUCGCGAUAAUUUAAGUGUGGUAAAGCUACAAAGGUACCUGAAGUUGAGAAGAACAAGAAUUAUACGCUGUGUCUUGGUUUCCGAGUUUUCUCUCCAACGAAGAGUUUCCCUUUCCCUUCCUUUCUCUUUCGUUUUUUUAGUCUAUAUCGGUGAUGGCUGAGGAUAAAUCCUCGGAAUUAUUGAAGAAGGAGAUCCUGGGGGUGGUUUUACUAACGAUCCUGGAUCUAAAAUUUCAGAUGCUAAUUGUGACUGGGAUACGGAGAUGCUACCAUCUCAAUUUCAGCCAGACGGGGCAUCGAAAUUUAAUGGGGACCCUAAAUCCUCUUCCGAACAUGUUUACUCAGACCUCACUACUGUUCUCAGUGGAAGCAUGGAUGGUCGACGAUCUCCUAGUACGCAAUGCCCAACGGGAGUUAGAUAUGAUGGGGAACAACUUGUUUCAAGUAGUAGUGGAACAGAUGGGUCAACUGGAUCAGUGCAUUCAACUGUUGGAGGAAAUCAAUGCAUUACGACGGGAGCUUCUUACAAUCCUUCCACAGUUGGUCCAUGCACCAGAGAACGUGAACACCAAUGCACUACUACACAGAGUAUGCAGAGUAUUACGACCAGUCCAGUUCCUCCCGCUUCAUUGGAAUUUUCAGGCGCCUCUAAAUCCUUUUUUAAGCGAAUUCCCAAGUCUCGAAUGCGUCACAAAGAUUUGGCGAGAGGACACCAUAUUGGAUGUGAUAUUUCCACCACUUGUGGAGACACCGGCCCUUAUAAGAAGCCCAGGAGGAACUUCGAGAGUAGGGAUGCAAAUAAUUACUCGAUGGGAUUUGGAUGUGACUCAACAACGAAUAUUCAGAGCCCGACUAACUCCACUUCAGGAUGUCAAUCAUCAGGAACAAUGUGUGACACGCGAGAGAACCAGGAAUGAGCUCUCGUGCUUUAACAGUGUUGACAUUCCUUACUCCUAUCAUAAUUUCUCAAUGAAGAUUGUUGUUUGGAAUUGUCGUGGUGCUUCACGACCCUCUUUUAUUCGCGUUACUAGAGAUCUAAUACGAAGUCAUCAGCCUACCAUUCUUGCAAUCUUGGAAACUAGGUUGUUGAGCUUUCAAGCUAGUGGAAUUAUUUCACAGUUGGGUUUUUCAGACUCUAUUUGUGUGGAUCCAGAGGGCUUUUCCGGAGGUUUAUAUCUUUUAUGGAAUAGUUCUGGAGUCGAUGUACAAGCAGUUUCUGAAUCCCGUUUGGCUGUCCAUGCUGUCAUUACUGCUCAACUUCAGGAACCAUGGAUUUUGUCGACAGUGUACAAUAGUUCUAACCCGACCAUCCGUAAGCUUGUUUGGGAUGAGAUGCGAGCUGUAGCUUCUCUGCAAGUUCCUUGGGUAGCUGCUGGGGACUUUAAUGUACUUCUUGACGCAAGAGAAAAGUGUGGUGGCAAACCCCUAACUGUUGGACAGUGCAAGGAGCUUAAACAGGUACUUUCUCACUGUAAUCUUAUUGAUGUUGGAGCUGCUGGUCCUAGAUUGACUUGGAAUAACAAGCGUACGGGCAUGGCUAAUAUUCGGGAGCGCUUGGAUCGUGUCCUUGCCAAUGAACAAUGGAUUAAGUACCAUGAAGAGGCUCAGGUAAAAACCCUUUCCUACUAUGAUUCUGAUCAUCACGCUCUGCUUGUAGAUACCAAUCCUUGUAUUAAACGCAAACCUAGACCUUAUCGUCUAGAAGCCAUAUGGACAGAGGACCCUCGUUUUACUAAAGUGGUUAGUGACUGUUGGAUUUCAGACAACUCUUAUAGUGGGUCUGAUGCCUUUUUAGCUAAUGUUUGCAAGUUCCAAUCUGAAUCCCGUAAAUGGAAUAAGAAAGUGUUUGGUAAUCUGUUAAAUCAGAUUUCUGAUGCUAGAGUUCAGUUAAUCGAUGCUCAGCUUUCUUUUGAGCAGAAUCCUACCAUUGGUAAUAAGGGUACUUUAAUAUUGAAACUUUAUGAAUACCUACAACUUCUUAAAGCUGAAGAACUUUACUGGAAACAAAAAUCUAGAAACCAAUGGCUUAGGGAAGGAGAUUUGAAUACUCGUUUUUUCCAUACAUCUACUUUGAUUAGACAUAACAAAAAUCGCAUUUCUAUGUUGAAAGAUGGUAAUGGUCACUGGAUUGAUCAACCUGAGGAUUUAGAGAGUCAUAUUGUUGCUCAUUUCACUUCUUUAUUUAAUCAACCUGCUGAUUGCAUUAAUAACUCUCAUGAACUUGAAUAUUUGUUCCCUGCCAUCAUGACUCCUGAAGAUAAUCAGGCUUUAACUAGACUUGUGACUGAAUCUUAAAUUCGUUUUGCUAUAAAUCAGAUAGGUCCCAUGAAGGCUCCGGGGCCUGAUGGUUUGCAGGGCUUUUUUUAUAGAAAAUAUUGGCACAUCGUUGGCCCUAGUGUUAUCUCUAUGGUGGAAUGUUUCUUCGUUGAUGGUUGUCUUCAUCCUGAGCUAAAUCGUACCUAUAUUGUUUUGAUCCCCAAGAGAAAAUCCCCCAUUAAUAUUAAGGAGUAUAGGCCAAUUAGCUUAUGUAACUUUGCUCUGAAAAUCAUUACAAAAUUUUUAGCUAAUAGGUUGCGCCCUUUUUUGGAUCGCAUCAUUAGUCCUUGUCAACAUGCUUUUGUUCCUAAUCGCUCUAUAUUUGAUGCUAUUCUUUUGAACAAUGAAAUUUUCCACUCUUUCCGGAAAAAGAAGGCUUAAAGGGGUGGAUGGCUUUGAAAUUAGAUUUUUAUAAGGCCUAUGAUAGACUUAACUGGAAUUUCUUGUUACGUAUGUUCAAAUGUCUUGGUUUCAGUUCAGAGUAGAUUAGGUGGGUCUCUGAAUGUAUCAAAACAGUUUCUUUUGAAAUUUUAGUUAACGGGUCUCCUAGUCCACCCAUUUUUCCCGGUAAUGGUAUUUGACAGGGGAUCCUUUAUCCCUUGUUUGUUUAUUUUAAGCCUUGAAACUUUACCGCGCUUAAUAGACAGAGGUGUUAAGCUAGGUACUCUCAAGCCUUUUUCGAUUGUGCCUUCCGCUCCUAAGAUUACUCAUUCUUUCUAUGCGGAUGAUAGUAUCAUCUACUUGCAGGCUACUAAGUCUAAUGCUGAGAAUCUAGCUACUAUCUUGCAACACUAUUGUCAGUGGUCUGGUCAACUUAUAAAUCAAACUAAAUCUAUCCUUAUGUUAACUCCUAAUAUCCAUAAGAGUCUCAUUAGGAUUUUUACUAAUUUCCUUAAGGUUAAAUAUCAAGAGGACCCUGGUAAAUAUUUGGGAGUACCAGUUCAAUGGGGUAGAGUCACUGCUUCUACUUUUUCUGACCUUACUGAUAAAUUUGUUAAUCGUAUGCAGGGUUGGAAAUCCACCUCUUUAAAUUUUGCCGGUAGAACUACUUUACUUAAAACUGCUUUGGAUCCGGUUUCUAAUCACCUUAUGACUGUAUUGAAACUUCCUAUGAAAAUCACUAAGCUUUUGAACAGGUAUAAAAGGGAGUUUCUUUGGCAGCAUAGAACUGGCCAGAGGAAGCUACACAGUAUAGGAUGGGAUACGGCUUGUCAGCCUGUUGAAACGGAGGAUUAGGAAUUAGGGAUCUUCACUUGAAUAAUUUGGCUUUGUUGGCUAAAAUGGCUUGGCGAAUUCACUCUCAGCCAGAGUCUGUGAUUUCCCGUUUAUUUAAAGCCAAUAUCACAGGAAUAGUACUUUUUGGACGUGUUUGUCAUAUCCUUCUAACUCUCUCUGUUGGAAAAUUAUUUUACAGGAUCGUGACAUCCUCACAGAAUCAUUGCGUUGGUGUAUUGGUAAUGGGAAACAAAUUAACUUCUGGAAUGAUCCUUGGGUUGAAAAUCUACCUCUCAGAUCAGUUCUUACUGUUCAAGCCCGCAUUGAUCAUACUCUCCUGGUUAAAGAUGUGAUAGAUAAAAAUGGUCCAAGUUGGAACUUGUCAUUAUGUGCUAAUGAUCUCCCAUCUUCUGUGCAGGAAAAAAUUCAGUCUAUUGUUGUUCCAGUUUCUCCUUUUGUCCAAGACUCUUUGGUCUGGCAGCCUAGUAAGUUUGGUGAUGUGACUGCUAAGGAAGCUUACAAAUGGUUGUUGUCUAAUAAGAAAAACUUAAACUCUUUUUGUAAAGACUGGAAGUCCAUUUGGCAUCUACGUUGUCCCCAGAAAAUUAGGUCUUUUAUGUGGCUCGUAGCUCAUAAUAGGAUACCUGUUCAUGAGAUUCUUUAUCGUGUUGGUAUUGGUACAUCCCCGAAAUGCCCACUGUGUCACAAUCAUUUUGAAACUGAACUCGAUCAUUUUUUCCAAUGUCCUGUGGUUCAACCUAUUUGGACUACGCUUGCAUGCAGGUGGAAUUAUAGAUUUCAAUUAGAACCUAUAACUCCGUCUUGGCUUAUCCAAUUAUGUUCUACUAAAUUGUCUUUCAAUGGACUGCAGAGAGUAACUUUAGUUCCGUUUAUUUUGUGGCAUAUUUGGCUUGCUCGUAAUGAACUUGUUUUUAAUUCAACUCCUUUUAGGAGUCUUUUUGUGUUAGGGAAGGCAUAUCGUGCUGCCGAGGAGUAUCAAUUUAGCAUGCCAUAUCACGAAUGUUCCAGUGCUAAACAACAAAUGCUAAUCUCUUGGAAACCACCAGCAGCUCCGUAUAUUAAACUUAACUCUGAUGGUGCUGCUUCUUCUCUUACAGGAGCUGGGAUUGGAGGGGUUUUGUGAGACUUUGGAGGUCAGUUCUUAGCUUGUUUUGUGAGCCACAUAUAUCGUAAUGGCAACACCGUUGCAGAAAUUUGGGCAAUUCGGCAAGGUCUUCUUUUGGCUAUUCAACUCGGCUACUCUAUUGUGGAGGUUGUGAGUGACUCCGUUUAUGCUAUUCAACUCUGUCGUAAGUUAGUUUCCAGCCCAUGGUAUCUCAAACAUUUGGUUGAGAAUAUCCAUUUUUUUGGUGAAGUUUUUUGGCAAUGUUUUGUUUACACAUAUGUAUAGAGAAGCCAACUGUGUGGCUGAUUUUUUGGCUAAGAAAGCAGCUCAAUGUAACAUGAAUCAUGUCUGGAUUUCUACUCCUCCAGAUUUCAUCACUGCUGAGCUUUUUGCUGAUACUCAGGGGAGGGCCUACCCCGUUUUGUUAGGCCCUAGUUUUCCGAUAGUUAUGAAUACCAAAAAAAAGAAGUUGGGAUUGGAGCCA